GUGUGUGUGUAGAGUCAGAUAACCUUCAUCUGGAGGGGACAGGCUGGACAGAUCUCCAACCAAGAGGUGUUUCUAUUUGUGUGAGAGUGGAGGGGCUUUUAACGCCUGCUCCCAGCUUUCUCAAAAAAAAAAAAAAAUUCUGCUUUGCUGGCUGCAUGGUGUGAGAAACUGUCAACUGCAUGAAACGUCUUGAAGGCAAUCACCAAAACGCAGCGUCAUGAGGGCAAAAUGCGCUCACUGGCACCCGAUCCCACAUUGGCUCACAUCUGGUCAAGUGUUGCAUAGGAGGUUCAUCUCUUGCGGGUUUUCGUUCGUUCAGUUCUUUCGUGCGAGCCAUUCUGCAGUGGCUCGGUGAGAGACUGCAUUCAGAAGUGGAUUGGAGCUGCAGCUAGAUUGAGAAGAAUGCUGAAACGUAGCAAUAAAAACAGCUACAACCCUUACUCCACCACUCAGAGAGUUAAGAAAGCAGAGUCCAAAGGCAAGGACAAGCUGGACAUACUGCCCAACAAGCACAGCAUAUGGCUUAAACAGCUGUCCAUUCUCUCGGAGCAGCCUCGGAAAGAUGCGGGCGACGCCGCCCUCUCCUCCUCGCCCUGUUCCUCCACCGCCUCUUCGAGCUUCACCCCCACCGCAGCGGGGCUCCAGGAUUUGUCCCUGUCCUGCCCGGGGACCCCGAGCCCCCAGCACGCCAAGCUGGCCGCCAUGCAGGGGGUGGGUUGUCCGUCCCCUGUCCAGACCCUGAAGAGGCCCACCGCUCUGAGUCGACACGCCAGCGCCGCAGGGUUCCCGCUGCCAUCGUGGGUCCACACUAAAGGUCAGGGAAAGGGGGCCUUGAGCCCGUCCCCCCAGUCCGAAGUACCGGAGAGCACCGUGAUCGAGGUGGAGGACAUCCCAGCCCUGCUGAGGGACGUGGCACGCUUCGCCGAGGCCGUGGACAAGCUCAAGGAUGUCGUGCUGGCUGAGGGUAAGGAGAGCCAGCGGCCCGUGGCACAUGAGUGUUUGGGAGAGGUGCUGCGAAACCUGCGUCAGGUCAUCAACACGUACCCGCUGCUGAACACGGUGGAGAUCCUCACUGCUGCUGGGAAGCUCAUCUCCAAGGUCAAAGGGUUCCACUAUGAGGCGUCCAACGAGACGGACAAGAAAGACUUUGAGAAGGCCAUCGAGACCAUUGCAGUCGCCUUCAGUAGCAAUGUGUCCGAGCUUCUGAUGGGGGAAGUGGACAGCAGCACGCUGCUCUCCCUGCUGCCCACAGAGAAAAGCAGAUCGAUGGAGAACUUGUACGCUGCAGCAGGUCAGGGAGUAGAAGGGGGACACUUCAGGAGUGACCUGCAUGACAACGGCCGAGUUGAGGAAGUGGAUGUGAUUCUCCAGCGCAGUGAGGGAGGUGUGGACUCGGCUCUGGUCUAUGCCAAAUCCAUUUCUAAGUACAUGAAGGAUCUGAUAACUUAUGUGGAAAAGAGAACCACGUUGGAGGCGGAGUUCUCCAAAGGCCUUCAGAGAUUAUACCAGUCCUGCAAACACAGCAUAACACACCCCCACAUGCCCCUCUACUCCAUCUACUCUCUCGCUCUGGAGCAGGACCAGGAGCAAAGCAUAGGGCUGCAGCAGGCCAACACCACUCUGCACAGUCAGACUUUCAUUCAGCCGCUGCUGCAACGCAAGCAGGAGCACGAGAAGAAGCGGAAGGACAUCAAGGAGCUCUGGAUUCGAGCAAAGAGAAAGCUGCUGGAGUGCGAGGCAAACCUGCGAAAAGCCAAGCAAGCUUACAUGGUUCGCUGCGAGGAGUACGAGAAGGCCAAAACGGCGGCCUGCAGAGCCGAAGAGGAGGGAGGAGGUUCUACUGCAAAGUCUGUGGAGAAGAAGAAGCGUGUUGAAGAAGAGGCUCGCAACAAGGCAGUCGAAGCGGAGGCCACCUAUAGAACAUGCAUCGCAGAUGCCACCACUCAGCAGCUGGAGCUGGAGCACACGAAGGUGACGGUGCUGCGGCAGCUUCAGGACGUCAUCAAACAGAGCGACCAGACGCUCCGAUCGGCCACCAUCUCCUACUACCAGCUCAUGCACAUGCAGACCGUGGCGCUGCCCGUCCACUACCAGACCCUGUGUGAGAGCAGUAAGCUGUACGACCCCGGCCAGCAGUACGCAGCCCACGUACGAGACCUGCAGCUGCCCGAACAGCCUGGCGUCCACUACUCGUUUGAGACGUACUCCCCGACCAGCUCAUCGUCCAGCCACAGACCAAGAAAUGACAGUUUCAACACCGAUCAACAUACGAGUCAGACUGAAGGUCCCACCAUCAGUGUGGAUCCUACUGCUGCAGAGGCGGAGGCUCAACGCAAGAGACAGGGACACAAAUCCUGGGGUUCAACAGUGAGCAAUGACAGUAUGGUAGACACGGGGCUGGAUUCUCCCACUGCCAGCACCAGUGACAUUUCCAAAAUGGCUCGAACGUCCUCGACUGGAACAAUGUCGUCUGAUGAGGAGACAGAUGAGAAAGAUGGAAACGUUUCAUCGUUUGAAACUCCAAAUAUUAACGGCAUGGAUCCAGACGUGGUGGUCUCCACCAGACCUUUCCGGAACAUCGGCCUGUCCAAAGCGGCCCAGACCCACAAGCUGAGGAAGCUGAGGACUCCUGCCAAGUGUCGGGAAUGUGACAGCUACGUUUACUUCCAGGGGGCCGAGUGCGAGGAAUGUUUCCUGUCGUGUCACAAGCGUUGCCUGGAGACCCUCGCCAUCCAGUGUGGCCAUAAGAAGCUGCAGGGCCGCCUGCAGCUGUUCGGCCGGGACUUCACCCAGGUGGCGAGCUGCGCCAGCGACGGCAUCCCCUUCAUCAUCACAAAGUGCAUCUCUGAGAUCGAGAGGCGCGCCCUCAAGAUGAAGGGCAUCUACAGGGUGAACGGCGUGAAGACCCGCGUGGAGAAACUCUGUCAGGCCUUCGAAAACGGCAAGGAGCUGGUGGAGCUGUCUCAGUGCUCGCCGCAUGACAUCAGCAACGUCCUCAAGCUUUACCUCAGACAGCUGCCGGAGCCCAUCAUGCCUUUCCGUCUGUACAACACACUGAUGGGUCUGGCCAAGGAGAGUUUGCACAGCGAGGGAGACGCGCCCGAGGGAGAGGAGGCCGAAUCGAGCAGCGCCAACCCAGUAGCGGUCCGGGGCCCCGAGCUGGUGGACCUGGGGCCCGACUCGGACCGGGAAGUCCUUGUUUUGGUGGACAGUCUGAAGGAGCUGGUGAAGGAGCUGCCCAAGCCCAACUCUGCUACGUUGCGGUACAUCGUUCGCCACCUUCGAAGGAUUGCAGAGCUGGAGGAGGACAACAAGAUGAGCCCCAGCAACUUGGGCAUUGUGUUCGGGCCCUCCCUGAUGCGUCCCCGUCCCACCGGGGCCACGAUAUCCCUGUCCUCUCUGGUGGACUACCCUCACCAGGCCCGCAUUGUGGAGGCCCUCAUCGUCUUCUACUCUUCAAUAUUCCAGUCGAAAACCUCCCAGACCAACAAAAUCGCACGCUCCACAUCUACAUCCACGCAGCAGGAAAGUGUUGGAGUUAAGAUGGAAAGCACUGGAGAUGGAGAAGAGGAUGGAAGCAAAGACGACCAGAACAAGCCGGACUCAGACAGACAGGAGGAGGGCUGCGGAAGUUCUUUGGGAUCGCUGGGCUCCAGCGACCCGCUCCCCGACUCCGACUCGGAGCUGGACGAGGGCAGCCACAGCUCCAGCAGGCUGAUGAAGCAGGAGAGCGUGGUGAGCACGGAGGACGAGCAGCUGAGCUACAGGGACAGCCUGGACCUGUCCGGCCACUCCGCCACCCACACCGACCCGGAACAGGACACAGAGCAGGAUCUGGACAUCCCCGAAGGAGACGGAGAAGGAGAGCCCCCCGCUGUGCCGGAGAGCGCCCCGCCAGAGGAAGACACAGCAGCAGCAGAGCAGGAAGUCACGACCUCACUGGCUGAGCUCAGCGUGAACCAGUCCAACAACAACAACAACCAGCUGAGCUCCCCCAUAGCCAGCCUGUCGGGCGUCCCGCUGGCCUGCCUGUGCAGAAAGAAUCUACCGCUGACAAGGAGGCGGGACACAGAGCCUGAGUUUGUCUGAUUACAGGAUUUUAAAUUCAACCGACAGAGUUGGAUGUCUGCAAGAUACAAAUAAAUAAAUGUGCUUUUAUACAUUAAAGUCAGUCGAGGAUGUACGAUGAGACUAAAAUGAGUUUUUAUUCCACUUUUGUAAAAGGUCAUUAAUCUGGCAGAGAAACUUCUGCACGCUUACUGCUCUUUGAAUUAACCGUCACUUCAAGAAAUUUGAUUUCAUGUACUUUUUUUCCAGCAUUUUUGUAGUUCUACAAGCUUAAUGUGAAUAUCGGUCAGAUAAGUUUGUAGUUAGUUCAACUACUGAACAGUUUCCUUUUUAAAGUGCUGUGAAAUUUUUAACUUUAGCAAUUUCUGACAUGUUUUCCAUCUGUCUCUGAAUGUCUGACUUAUUCUAAUAAAAAUUGAUUUUUAUUUUGAAA